AUGGCAGCACACUGGCCCGCCGCUCUCGUUCUGCUGCUCGCCGUCGCUGUCGUCGGCGAACCUGUCGCCGAUUCAGCGAUUCUCGAUGUUUCUGACGCUGCCACCGUCCCUGCCGCACGAGGCGCCGCCUUGAUCGCCGCGAGUAUCGGCGGUCGUAAGGGCGGCAGCGGCAUUGGUGGCAUUUCCGCGGUCGCCGCCGGCGGAAACGGCGGCGCCGUCGUCGUUGAGAGGAGCGACGCCGCGUGGCCGUUUGCAUGGGGUCGCAAUGCGAGCGACGGCGACGGCAGCGACGGCAACGGCGACGCGGGCGACGAUAGCAGCAAUGUGUUCAGCGAGUUCGGCGUCAUGGCGUGUAGCGCUGCGGGCUUGCUCCACUCCGACCGUGCAGGUUCCGCCAGAAGCGCUGCCUUAGGAUUCGCCGAUCAAGCUAAUUAUUCGAACGAAAGUGCUACUGCUGCUUCUGCCGCCGCCGCCGCCGAUGGCGGUGCUGCUGGUGCGCAGAGCGGCAAGGGCGGCGGGUUCACGGCGCCGAAGGACCAUCGGACGGAGCUGCGAUGGGACGUGUACAGCAUCAGCGGCCUCAUUCUCACUGCAUGCUGCGCGCUGCUGGCGAACGCGGCGGGGAUAGGCGGGGGGCCGUUCUACAUGCCGCUCUUCAACUCCUUCCUCGGAUUCACCGCCAAUGCCGCCACUGGCCUCUCGCACACCAUGGUCGCCUCCAGUGGUGUGGCGAGCACAUUCUACGGCUUGAUCCAGAGCAGCCCCGCGGAUCCAUCUCAGCCGUUGAUUGACCUGCGCCUGGCGCUCACCUUCACGCCCGCGCUGCUGCUGGGCGUCAGCUGUGGCGUGCUGCUCAACCCGCUCCUCCCGCCCUGGCUCCAGACGUCCCUACUGGCGGUACUGCUGGGGUACGUGGCGAGGGAGACGGGCAUCAAGGCGAGCAAGGCGUGGGAGAAGGAGACGCAAGCCGCUGCUGCCAGGCACAACCAGCAGCAGCAGCAGCAGCAGCAGCAGCAACAGCAACAGCAACAGCAGCCUUCCACCUCCUCCUCCUCCUCCUCCACCGCCUCUGCUUCCUCUAUCAACACACCGCUGCUUUCGCAGUCAGCAGCAGCAGCACCUGCUCCCUCCUCUGCCUCCUCAUCCUCCUCGCCGCCCGCCCAUGCUCAUUCCAAGCGGCGCUGGUUGGACCCAUCCAGCGGAUCUGGGCGGCUGUCGGACUUUGUGGCUCACACUGUCGCCCAGCUGCUGCCACUCGUGGGCCUUGGCGUGCUGUGGGUGGCAAUGAUGGCUCUCGAGCGUGGGCUGGCCGGCACCAGGCGGUGCAGCCGCCCGUUCUUCCUCUAUUGGGCGGCACAGACACUGCUGUGCUUCGCUGCCACUGCUGCCAUGGUGGCCUAUCAGGUUCGAGCGGCGUCCACCAAUCCGGAUGCGGAAGGGGCGUCGGCUCUCUCACGGGUGCUCAUGGCGGGGCAGGCAGAGGAGGAAGGGGGAGGCGAUGACGAAGUCUUGGAGGCUCGGAGGAAGCGAGCUGCCCGGAAAAUCUUCAAGGUGGUGGGGGUGAUGGUGGUGGCGGGAGUGAUGGCGGGGGUGCUGGGCAUUGGAGGGGCUCCUCUCUUCAACCCCUUCAUGCUCUCGCUCGGCAUUCCGCCCCAGAUCACAGCAUCAACGUCAGUGAUGAUGGUGCUGUUCGGCAGCAGCAGCGUGUCCCUCUCCUUCCUCUUCCUGCACCGACUCAACCUCGCCUACGCUGCCGUCUUCGCCCCCACCGCCUUCAUCGCCUCCCUCCUCGGAGUCACCAUAGUGGGCCGCAUCGUCAAGAGCACCGGCCGUGCCUCCAUCAUCAUUUUCAUUCUCACUGGAAUCAUUGCUGUGGGGACAGCGUUGACUGUUUUGCUGGGCGCGCCGAGGAUUUACGAUGAUGUGAUGAAUGGCAGGAACCUGUGGUUCCACUCGCUCUGCCCUGCCAAGAAAUGCCUGUGA